GGUGGGCCGACAUUGCACACCUAUGACACUGCUGCUCAUUGAUGCUCAUCGGUAUGUUGGAUUGAGGGGAGGAUAGUGUUUGCCUAGCUGAUGAGCGGGUCAGACUCCGAUGGGGGUAGAGUUGACGAUGCAAGGCUGACACGUUCGAGAUCACGUAGGGUCCCGCACGUGUUUCAGUUCCUACAGGCGGGAGACGAAAGACGGCUUCGUGCCGAAGUUAGAGCCCGUGCUUACGCAGCAGCCAGGGAAACAGCACUAGCUGCAAGUCAGGCGUUGGCAGCAGCAAACGCCGCAGCUAGGGAACACGCAGCAGCAGCAGCCAGCGCAGCAGCAAUGGCUACCGCGGCAGCAUCCUCUGCUGCAUCCUCGUCUGGGACCCAGUUGGGGAUGCCCCCGGGGCCCACGGGUACUAGUGAAAUGGCGGGCUCGCAGUUCAGUCCGUUGACCCCACGCGGAAGAAAGCUUCAAGAGCUACAACAAGUCGAGAGGAUCCGCACGUGGUUAGAGAGGGAACUGAAGCAAGCUACCGAUAGAGAAAAUGAGAUUAGAAAUAGAACCGCCAGGCUUGAUACGUUAGAGGCAGACAAAGCUGCAUUAGAGGAGUUAGAUCAGUUAGCAAUGUCUGACGCAAUGAAAGUAUUAAGGUCCAGCAUACUAUCACAGCAUGCGCAUGUAGACAGGAGGCUGGACUUCAUGCAGAACUCCUUGGACCAAACCUUGGACGUUAGAAAUAGAACAACCAAGAUUACGGCCAGCAGCACAGUCGCCGUUGCCGUUGACGGCGAUGUCAGGCCCCUUUCCGGUACAAGCUGGCACACAGCCAAGUGAACCUUACUGGCCAGCGAGGCUUGCCUCGAGUAUCAUUCCUUUGAGACCUUCUCUAGAAAGGCCUUAGACUUGGAGGCUACCCUAGGAAAUGCUCAACCUACUCCAGUAGACGGGAGGAAGAAGAAGAGUCCACAGGAAUGGAAAAAGAAGGGUAGUAGAUUGAUGAUGGUUGAGUCCGAUGGGACUCAAACUGAAAUCGAGGAACUCACCGACCUUAUGGACGGCUCAGAGUACGACGACGAGGAGAUCGCCGAGGGUAGCACCCUCGCCGAAGUAGUCAAGGUAAAGGUGCAACACCUAAGUAGACUAGUAGCAUCUACUUUGGCCAAUAAGGAACGCAUGGUUGUCACAGACUAUGUCAAGGAUGUAGUUUGCACCUUCUCCUAUGGAGGAGGGGAACUUAAUCACAAGAUUCCGUUCCUGGUUAGCGACGACUUACCAUUUGAUAUGAUGUUAGGAAUGUACUACCUUGAGGUUGCCAAGCCCCAGUUUGACUGGGACAAGAAGGUGCUAAAGCAUGAGUUGCCUGAUGGGAGGACUGUGAGACUGGCCAAGUAUAAGGCUAGUAGGUUACUAGAAUCCUAUGGCUGCUUGUGCGCAUCAGCGUUCUACAAUUAUUAUAAACAGAACCAAGAGGAGGGUAUGUACGGUCUGUACAAGUUUGUGGUGAUGCCCUUUGGCCUUUGCAAUGCGCCGGGUACAUUCCAGCACGCCAUGAAUAGGAUCUUCCAUGACUACUUGGACAAGUUUGUCGUCGUGUAUCUCGACGAUAUUCUUGUCUUCAGUAAGUCUGUCGAGGAACAUGCACAACAUUUAGAGAUUGUUCUCUCACUCCUGCGGCAGCACAAGUAUAGGGUCAACUUAGAGAAAUUUGAGUUCAGACGCACUAAGAUCUUGUACUUGGGUCAUGAAGUAUCCGCGGCGGGGAUUAGGCCGGAAGAUGCAAAGGUGGCUAGUAUAAGGGACUGGCCACGACCUCAGACUAUUACUGAGGUUAGAUCUUUCUUAGGAAUGUGCGGUUACUAUAGGAACUUCGUGAAGAAUUACUCUACAAUCGCCUCUCCUUUGACUGAUCUCACUCGACUUGACACACCGUGGGAGUGGAGUGACGAGUGUGAGGCUGCUUUCAAGCGAUUAAAGCAUGCCCUCAUGAAUCAUGAGGUUCUCAGGGUGCCCGAUCCUCAGAAGCCUUUCAUUGUGACCAUUGACGCAAGCCAAUACAACAUUGAUGCAGUGCUGGCUCAGCAGGAUGGGAAGAAGUUGAGACCGAUUGAGUAUAUGAGCAAGAAAAUGCCAUCAAAGAAACUGGCAAAGUCCACCUACGAAAGGGAACUCUAUGCCCUCUACAAGGCACUUGACCAUUGGAGGCACUUUCUGUUGGGGCAGUUUUUCUAUUUGAGAACUGACCAUCAGACCCUCAAAUGGAUCAAGACUCAACCUGCUCUUUCUGAUGCACUCAAGCGCUGGAUUGAGGUCAUAGAUCAGUAUGACUUCAAGUUGGAGUAUCUGAAGGGAGAGUACAACAAGGUUGCGGAUGCGCUGUCACGUAGGGCAGACUACCUAGGGGCGCUAGUUUCCAAAUUUGGCGUAUCUGAAGAAGUAACUCAAUCGCUGGUGGGAGCCUAUCAGGAAGACCCUGUCACGAUGGACAUCAUACGCAAACUGCAGGCGAAAGAUAAGGCCACAGAAGAUGAGUUGGUGAUGGUGGAUGGGUUGCUCUUUCUAAGAAAGGCUGGGAUUGAAAGAUUAGUUCUUCCUUCUAGUGAGAAUUUGCGCAGUUUAUUUAUUGGAGAAUGUCAUGAUGCAACUGGACAUUUUGGCUACAAAAAAAACAGUGCCAAUCUAGUACAACGAUUUUGGUGGCCCGGAAUGCUCGAUGACGCAAAGAAAUAUGUGGAGACCUGUCAGGUCUGUCGGCGGGACAAGCCGCGAACUCAAGCACCACUUGGGUUGCUGAAGCCCUUGCCCAUUCCCCCUGGUCCGGGACAGAGUGUUUCCAUGGAUUUCGUGGACACCCUGGUAACCAGCAGGAGUGGCAAGAGGCACAUCUUUGUCAUCAUAGACAGAUUCACCAAGUAUGCUAGACUGAUUGCCAUGCCGGAAACAGCAAGGACUGAGCACGUCAUCAAGUUGUUUAUGGACAACUGGCUACCCGAUAACCGCUUGUGUACAGAUUGCGUGCGUGGGGUAUCCAGGGUAAAGAAAGAAGAAGCAGAGAAGCUCAAGGCAGUAGAAGAGGAGGAAGAGGUAGAAGAACGGCCACUGGAAAGGCGAAGGACAAGAGGAAGAGGAGAAUCCAGUGGAACAAAGGAAGAUCAGAUGGAGAAGAAGAUUACGGAGUGGGUUGCUGGUUUAUCCCUGGGAGAAGAAGAGGAGGCACUAAAGUAUGUGCACAGGGAAGAACAAGAGGCGGCCAUGAGAGAGUGGGAUGCAGAAGAAGACCCACUCAAGUGGCAGGCUAUAGAAGAUGAGAAGAGGAUGGAGUGGAAGUUUCGACUGACGAGGGAGAAGAAAAGGAGAAUGGAGGCGGCGAGCCAGGCGGCGAAAGAAUUGGAGGAGGUAAAGAAGCAGAGAGCGCCGAUGGCGACUCAGGUGGACCUACUGGGGAAGAUGGAGAUCAUGGCGAGAAACAUAGAGCGCCUGGCCCAGGUCCAGGAAGAACAAUAUCUGUUUGGUAGAGGUCAGGACAUUGCCUUGCGCUCUAUACGUCUGGGACUCAGGGACUUUGCAAGGGAAUUAGCGACGCAGGUGGGCUCAGAGGUGAAGGCCCGCCUAAAGGGCACGGAGCGCUAUUGCACGGGCGCCAUAGAAGGCGCCAUAGAAGGCGCCAGACUGGCUGCUCCCAAGGAGGAGGAAGCACGUCCCCAAAGGGAGCCUGUCAAGGUCAAGUUCCUUGACUCCUACAGCGGGAAGAAAGAGGAGAAUUUUGACAAUUGGGAAGCCAAUGUCAAGACCUACGUACAUCUUCAGAAGGUCUCCCCGGACGAGCAUGUCCUUAUAGCCGUCCAUGCCCUCUGAGACAAAGCAGCAAGCUUCGCCCGUUCCUUGUGCCGCGCCGCCAACUGUAAUGAUGAUUUAGUCGCUUAUUCUGUGUUCACUC